CUGCUCUAUAGCGGACAACGGCUUCCCUUCCCCUCAACUUCAUCCCGGUUUCAUCACCGCUCCGGUUCCGCGUGGUCCACAGUUACAGGUGUUGUUGCAUCCACUCAGGCAAAGUGAAGGAAGAGAGCGUUGACGGGGUCCCCACAUGGGAGCAGAAGUGCUGCCUCAUCAACAUUUAUCUGCCAGGAUCUGGACUCUUUGGACAAACUCUCAUGUCUCUCAAAGCCAACCGCUGGCUCCAGAAAGUGGACAGAUUUUGAAAUAGAAACACGGCUGGAGAGAGGAGGGUUGUAUGGGUGCCACAUCCACAUCCAGCACACACCGCAUCUCCUCGACAUACAGCCGCCGCCACCCUCCCCUUCCUCAACUUCCUACCUUCAUUUCCUCGUCUGCCGUUUUUCUCUUAUUCUCCCUCGUUCUCUCUCAUGGGAGUGACAUAGAGGCCUUCGCUUGGUCUGCUGCCCCGCCCCUUCCCCACCGCGCCGUGGAAACGGUGGCGUCCAGGUAGUGAUGUCGUGGAAGAGGAACUACUUUGCGUCGGGUGGCGGAGCAGUAGGCGGGGUUCAGGGGCUGGUGACCCCGAGAACCAUGACCUCUAUCGCACCCAGCAAAGGCCUGAGCAACGAGCCGGGACAGAACAGCUGCUUCCUCAACAGCGCUCUGCAGGUUCUGUGGCAUCUCGACAUCUUCCGCAGAAGCUUUCGCCAGCUGACCACUCACAAGUGCAUGGAGGACUCGUGCGUCUUCUGCGCUUUGAAGAGUAUCUUUGCUCAGUUCCAGUUCAGCAGUGAGCGUGUGCUGCCUUCAGAUGCACUGCGGAGCGCUCUGGCCAAGACUUUCCAAGACGAGCAACGCUUUCAGCUGGGUAUCAUGGACGACGCCGCUGAGUGCUUCGAGGAUCUCCUGAUGCGGAUCCACUUCCACAUCAGCGCGGAGAGUAGAGAAGACAUCUGCACAGCCAAACACUGUAUACCCCACCAGAAGUUUGCCAUGACUCUGUUCGAACAGUGUGUGUGUAACAGCUGUGGCGCCACGUCAGACCCCUUGCCCUUCAUUCAGAUGGUUCAUUACAUCUCCACUACAUCCCUCUGCAACCAGGCGGUGAGGAUGCUAGAGUGCAAAGACAAACCCACACCGGACAUGUUUGGAGAACUGCUCCGCAACGCCAGCAACAUGGGAGACCUGCGCAACUGCCCUAGUAACUGUGGGGAGGUGUUGCGUAUCCGCCGGGUGCUGAUGAACUCACCGGAGAUCGUGUCCAUCGGGCUGGUGUGGGACUCGGACCACUCUGACCUGGCGGAGGACGUCAUCCACAGCCUGGGGACCUGCCUGCGCCUGGGAGAUUUGUUCUACCGUGUGACUGAGGAGAGGGCUCGCCAGGCGGAGCUCUACUUGGUGGGAAUGGUGUGCUACUACGGCAAGCACUACUCCACCUUCUUCUUCCAGACCAAGAUACGCAAGUGGAUGUACUUCGACGACGCCCACGUCAAAGAGAUCGGCCCUAAGUGGAAGGACGUGGUGUCUCGCUGUAUCAAAGGCCACUAUCAGCCCCUGCUGCUGCUCUACGCUGACCCCCGUGGGACGCCAGUGAUACUGCAGGAGAGCCCCAACCCCUGUACCAGCUCCAACUCACAGCUGGAGCUCCAGCACUGCAGCAGCAAGGCUGGGUACGACAGCGAGGACUCUGGUCGGGAGCCGUCCAUAUCCAGCGAUACUCGCACCGACUCUUCGACGGAGAGCUCGAGCCACCGCGCCUCCCGCAGCCGAUCCCUCCACCAGUCCACGGGCAGCCACCUCUCCAGCGAAUCCCAGACCACAGUGGUCUGCAAUCACGAGGCCGGCACACCGCCGCACGGUGCUGACGCCGGAGAGUCAGCAGUGGAGGGUCCUCCCUGCCCUCCCUCUCCUCCUCUGCAGGAGUACAAGGAGACGGCCGUCUUCCUCCUCUCCUCCCGCCGGCCACUCACCUCCUCCUCCUCCUCCUCUCGUCCCCUGUCCUCCUCCUCUUCGUCAGGAGUUGGGGGCUGUGAGGGUGGGGCUGGGGGGCCCCACUGGGAGGAUGAAAGCACCAGCAGUGAGAGCAAGUCCAGUUCUUCAGGAGGCCGCUACAGGCCAACCUGGAGGCCCAGAAGAGAGGCCCUGAACAUCGACAGCAUCUUCACCCGUCCGAGAGGCUCCUGUCUGGGCUACAACACCCUGCCUGGUCCCUCUCUCCCCCCGCAGCCCCAAGACUUCUUUCCCUUGGCGGGCCCCCCUCCCCCCUCACAGCCGGGGCUGCAAGAGGCGGAAGGGAGGGAGGCUGGAGAGUUGGAGGCGGGGUUUGGGCUGGUCGGACAGCCCCGGUCUCUGGGCAGCGGGCGCACAAUGGGCCCCCCUGCCCCUCCACCUCUGAGAGGGGUGGAGCACCAGCCACGUCUGAUCCAGAGGAUGGAAAGUGGCUACGAGAGCAGCGAGAGGAACAGCAGCAGCCCCGAUAGGGAGGUGGGGCAACAGAAACGGGUGCUGAUGUCAGGACCUUCAUGGCGUUCGGUGCCCAAGUCAAAGAGCAGCGGCGCCAUCCUGCAGGAGUUGCCCUUCCCCAGAUGGCGCGGCGGCACCAGCAGAGGCGGACCAGGGCGCAGUGAGCUGGACGAGCUGCAGGAGGAGGUGGCGAGGAGAGCCCGCCAGCAGGAGCAGCAGAAGCGGAGGGAGGCAGAACGGGAGGCUGCCAUGGGAUUCAACCCCAAACCCAGCAAAUUCAUGGACCUGGACCAGCUCCAACAACAGGCUGUGCUCAGACCCCUGCAUGAGGCUAACGCUCAUAGCGGAUUGGUUGUAGCUGCGUGCAUGAGGAGCACGGGGGGCCCAAUCAAACGCAGGCAGAAACAGGAAAUGGAACGGGAGACAGGAAGCACCCAACCACAGGGGCCUCGCAGUGAACAGCCUGGCCCGGUCCAAGUACUGCUGACGCCCAAUCAGGAGGAGGAAGAGGACCAGGCAACGCCCAACCAGGACGCUGCUCUGGACCCGGACCCGCCCCCUCCACCCUAUCGGCCCGCUCCCCCCCGCCCCCCGCUCACCCUCAGCAUCCCUCACCCUUGCGCCACUUCCAGCCAAGGGGAGGAGAAAGAGGGUGGGUGCAUGGGGAGGAGACGGGAGGAAGGCCGGGAUGGGAGGGAGGGAACGGGAGUGAGGCUGUGCGAGUUGCUGCAGGCGGGGGGGGUGAGUGUCAGACCUCUGGGGAAGCACUUAGCCAUCUCCCUGCCCUCGCUUCCUCUGCGUCUCUGGGAUACACACACCGCACACUCCACACACCUUGAACCCACGCGCACACACCCUCCCCCUCCCCCUCCCCCCUCUCCUCCUUCCCCAUCCUCCCCGCUGGAAGCCUGUGGGCAAAGGAAACCUCCCGCGCCUCUCUGGCAGCCCCCGCAGCCUCAUCCCACCGCCGGUGCCGCUCAGCAUUGGCCGAGGCCCGAAGCUGCCGGAGACAGCGGCACACGUCAUUGGUCCUCCUGGAGUUUGGACCGCCCAGACGCCGUGGUGACGCCGUAUGACACGCCCCCGGACCGAUGUGUCUCCAUCAGGCCGCAGACGUCCAGUCAGCGCUACGGCUACAGUGGCCAGUCUUCUCCGGGGCAGUACAUCUCCCAGCAUGCCCCAGGGAAAGAUGGGGAUCCCUGCUUUGACUGCGAAGAGGCUGAGCUGUCUGAGCUUGACUCCCUUUACCAGGCCAGUCUGCUGGCUGGAAAGACAGGCUGCAGCCCAUCAGAGAGGCUCAUAUCGAGGGUGGGAGGCCCGGCUCGCUCCAAGACCCCCAACGCAGACAUGGAGAGGUGUGUGUACGGAGCGGGCUGCACCCCCACCCACCUCAACAAGCCAAUGAUGUUGCGGGAUCUGCGUUUUGGGGCGGAGCCUGAUGAUGGGGAAAACCUGAGACCAAUGGGACGCAGUCUGAGCGGCACACUGGUGACCUCGCGCCGCAGCCGCCUGACUGCAACCCGCAGCUUUGAGCUGCCGGACGGCGCUGGGAGUUUCUGGCUGUGUCUGACGGGCGUCAAGCUGCCUUCUGACCAGAGUCCGGCUCUGCUUCACUGACGUCUCACAGGCGUCCACCUCCAUGCGGGGCGGCGGCAUCCUGGACGGGCCACACCUUGACGGACCUGGAAUCGGCUCGGGAGGAUCCAACUCGACUCCUAUCCUGUUCCUCCUCCCGCAAAAAAAAACCAUGCACACGCAAUCACAUGCACGCACACAUGCACAUCAUCUGACUGAUGUAGAGCCUCCCUCAGCGCCUGCAGCACCCUGCUUAGCCUCUCCCUCCCUCCCUCCCUCCCUCCCUCUCUUGACCUACUCUUCUGUCUAUGCAGUCACUCUGACCCCCAACUACAACCUCAACCUUCCCCCCUUACUUCCCGGGACUGUUUCUCGUCUUGCCCCUUGGUUUUCAGAGGGCGUCCCCGUGCAGUCAGCCUGGCGAGCAUGCCGCUGUCAGCGGCGCCGUUGGCUUGGACCGGGUCCGACGGGGACCUGGGCUCUCGGCAGACUUGUCCUCCAUCAUACGGGGCCCUCAGCUCAGGGGGAGACUCUUUACCAAGUAGCUACGCCUCUUCCUCUCUCUUCACGGGCGUUUCCUGUUGGACGCACACAAAGCAGAACUGGGUCGGUUUCAGAUGGACGGACAACUUUUUCUCUCUCUUUAUUUGUUUUUGUUUUUUUCUUCCCGUGUGCGCGCGCAGUCGAACCCGCCCGAGACCGAACUCACUAAUAGCUAAAAGUCAUGUAAAGAAACACUCACCUAUGAAACCUGUAUGUUAAUUAAUAAGAGCUUAUGGAAUGUUGAUAAUGAUAAUUAACACAUAUUGAUGAACCUAAAGUGGUACUUCCUCACGUCUGCAUUUCAAAUAGGAGUGGAGUGCACUUCACAAGUGUCUAGCUGGAGUUCUCGCCCCCAAAACCGCUCGCCGACCUAAUGACAGCUCUCCCGUUUCUACCGGGAGAUUAAACAAGAAAAGCGCUUCCUUUUUCUCGGCUCCUUUCCUUUCGUUCUUUUCCUUUUCCUAGCCGUUGUUUAUUCGCGCUUGAUUUCUUUCUUCCAAACAGGAAACGGUAGCACCAGAAAUGGGCCGACAGGGGGGGUCUCGUGAAGGAAUGAGAGCAUGUAGGUGAGGAAACCCUUCUCUUAGGCUUUAUCAAUGAAUACAAGAGAUGACUCAAGUGCGCUUUACAAGGUUACUCGGCAGAAGUGCACUUUCCGAAGGCUAUCUGACUGAGAAGCAGCCGGAGAGAAGACGAUGACGUUUGUUUUACUUCAAGGCCUCAGGUGAACUUCAGUGGCACUCAUCGAUUCACACUUUAUUCUUUCUCCCUCCCACUGAAACUGGUUUUGAGACCUCAGAUGUGAAUAGAAAAUGCUCAUCUUCAGCCUGAGACAGCGAGAUGUCUAAUAUGAAUAUGCUUUAUAUGAUAUAUAUGUAUUAGAGGUAUAUUUUCAGCCAGUGAGCUAUCUUCUUCAGAGAUGUCAACCAUUCCUUAGUUGUAUUAACAGUUAUUAUCCAGUGUGGAACAGUUAUAACUUAAUUCACCCCCUUUACUGAGGAGCAUUCUGGUCUGUGUAGAGUACUUUUAUUAUAUGCUUUAUCCGAUUAAAUAUGAUAUAAAAUAACAGAGUCCUUACACAACAACUGGCCAAUGUAAAGUUCUUCAAGAAUGUUCAUGAUGUUGAUCGAUCGUUGUAACUAAACCAAAGGUUGGCACUUAACUCAGAGAGCGUAUUUAACAUUGCUGUUCUUAUUUUAAUUUAGGUUCAGAUUUUGUUGUUGCUGUUGUUAUUGUUAUUGUUUGUUUUUGGGGUUCUGGAUGUGGGAGAAUGUAGCCAAUUGUAGCGCAUGAGUCCGCUAUGCAAAUCAACCUUCCCUCACAAUCCUGUAUCAGAGACAGUCAGGAGGCAGACACACCCACCCAGGGGCGCUCCCAUGGACUCACAGGUGGAGGAGGAGAUCUCAUGUUUAAUGCUGCUGGUGAACUUCGUUGUUCUGCAUCUCACUUACUACGUCUCAACCGCCGGAAUGCAAAAAGAGAGCAACAAGUAGAGGGAGGGAGCCAAACGGGAGAAAGAGAGCGAAUGAAUGUAAACGGAAGGAUGAAAGUGUGUGUUUGCGAAUGAUGCGGCGGUCAGAGACGAGAGGGGUGUGACGAGUGGAAACCACUGCAGGCGGUUCACUGUAUGUGGGUGUGUGUAGACUUGUGUGUGUCAGUUCUGGGGUGGUGUUGCUCGGGGAAAGAGGGAACCUGUAUUUUUGCAAUAAAGUUAUUACCAAUGCACUCCCACAGGGGGCGUAACCACCGUACAACGGCGUGUCGUUGUUUGUUUGUUUGUGGAAAGAUGAGUGAAGAGGACUGCAGGGACCGUGUAUAAAAAAUAUGGUUCCACUUUCUGUUUGUGGUUUAUUCCACAAAUCGGUGAUUUCAUUUUUGUAUGAAAUGUUAACAAAAAACAUUUAUUUUAUUUUCUAAAGAAUCAUUCAGUACAUUUUAAUGGUGUCCUUUCACACCCCACAGGUAAUAAAUCAUUAUUAGAGCCCAGAAAAAGCACCAAUACCUAAAUAUGUUAACAGGAGUCAACUCCUGAGUCGUUUUUACACAUGAAAUAUGACCUGAAUUACACGUCACAGCACUUAUUUCUGUAGAUAUGCUAGAAAUGAGAUAUUCACAAUGUCAAAUUAAAGAUAAUGCCAGGCUGCUGUCUCAAAGGCAUUAGAAACAAUAUCAAUCAUAUCUUUGGAAAAUGCCAACUUUGACAUAAAAUAUCAAGACAUCUUAACUAACCAUUAUUCAUUACUACUAUUGUAUUAGGUCAGUGGCAUGGAAUUCAAUUUUGAUUACAUAGUUUUCAUGAAACAAGUCAUGUUAUAUACUUUUAAUUAGAGAAAGUGCGAACAUGUAACAUCCUGAGCCUUUUUCUUUAUUCCAAUAGUUGGACAUAUAGCUCAUGUACAGUUAGCCUUUCUCUUUUAAAACUCAGACACAAUCAAAACACUUAACAAAUUAAUUGGGAUAAUAUGAACUCGUAAUAUUAACAAUUAUUGGUAUUCUCUUGUGCAUUAAGAUAGUAGGGCUAAUUCAUUUGGGCGAUGUAAACAGGAAGAAGAAUGUUGUUAGCUGUGGACUACGACUUGAGUCACAUUUUUGUUUAGACAAUAUUAUAUGUGUUAACAUUUUGGCAAAUAAAAGUAUAACGAAUUAGUUAUUAGCGCUUCAUGUUUGUAAUGUUGCCUUUGCCAUAGAGAUAACUAACACGUCGUUAUUCUCACUAAAACUAAGAAAAGGGAUCACAUCACUCCUGCAUUAGCUGCUCUGCACUGGCUCCCAGUAAAAUCAAGAAUCACUUUUAAAAUUCUUCUCUUAACGUACAAAGCCUUGAUUGGUGAUGCACCAUCAUAUCUUAAGGAGCUUGUAGUACCAUAUUGCCCCACUAGAGAGCUGCGCUCACUAAAUGCGGGGCUACCUGUAGUUCCUAUACCAAGAGUCUUAAAAAGUAGAAUGGGAGCCAGAGCCUUUAGUUAUCAAGCUCCUCUUCUAUGGAACCAGCUUCCAAUUUCAGUCCGAGAGGCAGACACAGUCACCUCGUUUAAGAGUAGACUUAAGACCUUCCUCUUUGACAGAGCUUAUAGUUAGGGCUGAAUCAGGUUCACCUGGUCCAGCCCCUUGAUAUGCUGCUAUAGGCUUAUAGCUGCUGGGGGACAUUUUAGGAUGCACUGAGCACCUAUCUCCUCUUUUUUUUCUUCUCCUUAGUGAUGAAUUUUCAUCUCUCAAUCACACGUUACUAAAUCAGUUUUUCCUGAUCUGAUGUGAG